CCAACUACUCUUUUGCAGCUUCACUUGUUCAGGCCAAAAAGCAGCUUCUGCUGUCAGCAGCAGUGUUUUUGUGGGAAGCAGCGUUUGUACAAACCCAGAAAAGCUUUCGUGAUGCAUUUUCUUCUUCUUCUGACUUUCCCUCUUCUUAUCCUCAUCUUCAAAUUUGUGUACUCAACUAUAUGGGUACCACUGAGGACACAAACCUAUUUCCAAAAGCAAGGCCUGCGGGGCCCCGCCUACCGUCCGGUCGUCGGAAACUCGGCCGAGAUCCGCCGUAUGUUCGCGGAAGUUCUCUCCAAGCCGCUCCCUUUCGACCACGACAUUGUUCGACGCGUUACCCCAUUUUACUACCGGUGGUCUUUGAUGUACGGGAAGAAUUUCGUCUACUGGUUCGGGUUGAGGCCCCGAGUGGCAAUAUCCGACCCGGAUAUGAUCAAGGAAGUCCUUUUAAAUUCGGGUGGGUCGUUUAGAAAGGUACCGUCUACACCUCUGACUAAGUUUUUGUUUGGUGACUGGGGGCUCGUCGGCCUCGAGGGCGAUAAAUGGGCUUUUCACAGAAGGAUCGUGAACCAGGCCUUUAGAAUGGAUCGUGUCAAGAGUUGGGUUCCCGGGAUUGUGGAAAGUACGAUGAAGAUGUUGGAGAAAUGGGAGGACGUAAGAGGAGGGAGGGAAGAGUUUGAGUUGGAUGCGCACAAAGAACUUCAUGAGCUCUUAGGGGAAGUCAUAUCGAGGACGGCUUUUGGAAGCAGUUUCGAGGAGGGAAAACAUGUUUUCGACUUGCAAGAACAACAAAUGCAUCUUUACAUUAAGGCAGCAAGGAGCAUCUACAUUCCUGGAUUCAGGUUUUUGCCUACCAAGAGUAACAGAGAAAGGUGGAGAUUAGAUAAGGAAAGUAGUGAAUCCAUACGGACGUUGAUUGCGAAAAAUGGCAAAAAGAAGGGAGAGUCGAGAAAUCUGCUUAGUCUGCUAAUGACGCCAUACAAGAAUCCGGAUGGUGAAGAGGAAAAGCUAGGGAUACAGGAAGUUAUAGAUGAAUGCAAGACCUUCUACUUUGCGGGAAAAGAAACAACAGCUAAUCUUUUGACUUGGGCACUACUACUUUUGGCACAGCAUCCGGAAUGGCAAAGCAAGGCUAGGGAAGAAGUAUUCCGUGUUUUUGGAGACAAUCAGCUCCCGGUUGCAGAGAAUUUGAAUGAACUCAAAAAUGUAACUAUAAUCAUUAAUGAAACGCUCAGGCUAUACUCUCCAGCCGCGAUGCUUAUGAGGGAAACAACAAAGAAGGUAAAGCUCGGGAGCCUGGAAAUUCCUGCUGAUGCACAGCUUUAUUUGCCGUUGAUCGCUGUCCAUCACGACACUGAGAAAUGGGGAAAAGAUGCUCACGAAUUCAAUCCAUCGAGGUUUUUGGAAUCUCGAAGGCAUUCAGCCUCGUUCAUCCCAUUUGGCCUGGGGCCUCGAAUCUGCGUAGGUCAAACUUCGGCUGUGGUUGAAGCAAAACUAGCGUUAGCACUCAUCAUCCGGUGCUAUUCUUUCACGGUGUCACCAACAUAUGUUCAUGCCCCCAUGCUGUUUUUAACUUUACAGCCCCAGUACGGCGCUCAGAUCCUCUUCACGAAGAUUUCAAAUUGAAAAUUUUGGAGGUUUUCCGACAAAGAAAUUUGGGGCAGAAAUUUGUGUGGAUUUUUUUUUUUUUUUUUGUUGAUUUAUUUAUGCAAUAAGAGCUUGGCAUGCAAUUUCAAAUUAGGGUUUCUGUCCUUCA